UUCUUGUGUGUAAUCUUCACAAAAGAAGUUUUGAGAAUAUGAAUUGCAUAUACCAUUUUGGCAGUGAAAUGCUGCUGCUACCCAAUCACUCCCACCUCUUCUCUCCUCCUUCUCCGCCACUGCAACGCCGCCGUACACGGCCUACAUUCACGACGGCGCUCUCCGUCCUCAAAACCUCCCGACCCGUGAAUGAAGUAGCAGUGGAUGAUGUUUUCCAAGAUUUCCUGAGGGAAAGGGAGUUAAAUGGGGAUGUUAUCUCGAGAAUUUCUGAUAGAAUUUGGCUGAGGAAUGUGGUCAAUUUUGAUUCUGCAGAAGCUGGAAGUGGGAUUAGUGAGACUACUCAAUUAGAAAAGGUAUCAGGGGAUGACAAUGAAGGUGGGUUUUUGAAAUUAAAAAGUACCAAAGAGUGGCUUUCAGGUGAUGCCACGGCCCCAGUUAAUAAAAAGAGGACCCUUAAGGAAAUACAAGAUGACAGGGAAAGAAGGAAAAGGCUAAACUUACUCAGAUAUGAAGCUCUUAAGAGGGAGCUACUUUUCUUAACGGUAGGCAUUGGGACUGCUUGCAGUGGAUAUUGUCUGGUAGUUUUAUCAGUCCAGGCUGCUCUGAGCUAUGCAACAGGAGUUGUUUUCAGUUGCCUGUACUAUCAACUCCUUUGCCAACAUGCAGACAACCUCUCACAAGAGGCAAUUCCUGAGAUUUUCAAGAAAAAGAAACUGAAGAAAAUUGGAAUACGAAGUGAAGAUCUGCAGGAUUUUUUUGAGAGGUCUGUUAAAGGCAGCAGCAUUGCCCUUUCAUCUCCCAGGCUUGUGAUUCCUGCUGCGAUAUAUGGAUUGUGGGAACUGUCUCAGCAUUUUGCCCAUGAUCUAUUUGAUUUUCAGUAAAUGUGACAUAUGUUUGGGAUCUUAACAGCUGGUUCCUGCCAUGGUUGGGUUGUUUGUAUAUAAAGCAGCUUGCCUGGUGCAAGUGUAUAGAGACAAUGAAGACCUUCAAUUUCUUUUUCCCGGGAAUGAAGAAGGGUCCGAUGACUGAGUAUCUGGAAUAUGUUACUAAUAAAUAUUACUUGUUGAUGCCAUGUCAAUGCAGGAUGCCUAUCUGACUGCAGCUUCUGGCAAGCUGAAUUUUUCAGAAUUGGACAAGCUUUACGACGCCUUGGCUGGUAAGAAAGCAUGAUCGAAGGGAUGAAUAUAACGCUGCUGCUGCACUUCAACAGUAAAGAGUGACGAUAGGCGUCUGCAGAACCUUUUGUAGAGACAACUCAAGUGGAGUGAUGUAUAGGAUAUAUAGAGUACUGUUUACAAAGUAUAUUUGACAAGUUCUCCAUUUCCUCUCAAGCAUCUUUGUGAGGGCUCAUGUUGAAAAAACUUGUGUUUUGAGUUCUAACCUACUUCAUGUGACUCUUGCAAGUGUUAAUAUAAUCUUGGUUCCCUCC